AAAAACAUGUAUUUCAGUUCGGAGUUGUGCCUCUUCAGCAACUCUAGCCUACUCAUUCUUCUCUCUCAUCCCUCUCCGGCUGCUCUGUCUCUCUUCUCUCACUAGACGAACCACUGCUGCGGGCUCUGGAACAGGAGGGAUAGGCUUGUCUAGGCUACUCUAACCCCUUUGGCUUAUGUGGACUAUUUGCUGCUCUGUCUCGGUAUACUUAGCCGAUGUGAAAUAACCGGGACAAUAUAAAACCUACGGUCAGAUAACGGUUCUGGUCAGGGUGCGCCAAAAUAACUGGAUUCUGUCAACUUGUUGCGCACUCAAUGCAGUGGAUCUACAAGUGGUAGUUAGAAUUGUUUCGAGUAUCAGCCAAAGUGGACGAUUAUAAUUUCAGUUAUCAUCAUGGGCGAGACACACUAAGCCUCAGCUCCCGAGGCUCAGGAUUGUUUUAGCAGUGGGGGGACGAAGACGACGAGAGAGGCACGGCAUUCCCAGACUGGACCGAUAAGGACUCCUAAAUGCGUCUUCCUAUCGACCCAACGACAACAAUGAAUAGUGGUUCUAGCAACUUUCUGCUAGUUCCAAUACAGGAGUAUCCUGUUCUAGACUGCGUACCCAACAAAAACGUCAAGAUCGUGGUUUUGGGAGCGAGCAACGUGGGUAAAACAGCGUUGAUAGUCAGGUUUCUGACUAAGAGGUUCAUCGGGGACUAUGAGGCAAACACAGGGGCCCUGUACUCCAGAAAGAUCAAUCUAGAUGGAGAACAGGUUUCACUACAGGUUCAGGACACUCCCUGCGUCUCUCUACAGGACGAUGCAGAGGGACUUUAUUGUCAGGAGCAGAUCAACAGGUCUAUCUACUGGGCGGAUGGCUACGUCCUGGUCUUCUCCAUCACAGAUCACAGCAGCUAUAGAACCAUCCAGCCUCUCUACCAGCACGUCAGACGCAUCCACCCUGCAGGGAAUAUACCUGUCAUACUGGUGGGCAACAAGAGUGACCUCCUCCGUGCCCGCCAGGUGACAGCCGAUGAGGGUGAGACUUUGGCAGCCUCUCUGGGUGGUGCGUAUUUCGAGGUCUCUGCCCGGGAGAACCACGAGGGGGUCCACGCCGCCUUCCUGCACCUCUGUGGCGAGGUGAGCCGAGCGCUGGGUGGGGGAAACGGGGAGAAGAGGAGAGGGGGGCUGCACCUAGCCCGGCCUAAGUCCCCCAACAUGCAAGAGCUCAAAAGAAGGUUCCGGCAGGUGCUCUCUUCCAAGGGGAAGUCUUCCACUACCACGCUGUGAUGAUUCUGGUUUUGGUUCCGAUGGUUCUAGUUCUGGUUCCAGAAUUGGAAUUAUGGAUUUAGCCCAGUUGACUCUCUUGUGAUGUCAUUGUAUGAGGAUGAAUGGAACAGUUUCAAUGGAACAGUUUCAAUGGAACAGAGAGAAGAGAUAAACGGUUCUAUAUUCUAUUUCAUUCUAUUGGAAUGGAACAUUGAGAUAAGGAAAUCUAUAUUCCACUUGUGGAAGGAAUGGCACAGAGACAGCAAGACCAAACGCUUCCGACAAAGGAGUGGGCUUCGUGGUAUGUGAUGUAACAAGCCUGUCUGCCGAUUCAACCAAUGGUGACUGAGGAGACUGAAAAACAGACUACGACAGGUCUAACGGACCAAUCGUAGGCUUCUCUGAGAUGGCUAUUCGUACUAAGCGAUCAUGCAGUUGUCAACUCUACUUGCUUUUGAUACAUUUGUAUUUAAAGAAUGUAAUCUAAAAUAAACUGUACCCAGAGGCAAAGAGAAAUUAUGUCGGCAUCACAGAUUACCUAUAAUGAAGGGAAUCUUUAUCUCUAAUGGCAUUCUACGAGCCCUGGUCAAAGGUAGUGUUCUAGGCUAUAUUAUAUACCUUUGACCAGGGCUCGUAGAAUGCCAUUAGAGAUGGAACCUAUGUAUUUUCUCAAUGAAACAUUUAAAAUGGACGGGCCAUGCUUAAUUCAAUUGAAUUGCUAAAAAAUGCACUCAACCACAGUCCUUGACAUCCUGGUCUGUACUAAUCUAUACCAGCUUGGUUCCCCUGAACAGUCACUAACCACAGGAUCAGUUUACCCUACCCCAACCCUAACUUAAACCAUCAGGAAGGCAAUAGAUAAAACUGACCACAGACCAGUUCUUAGGGGAAACUCCAUCCUACAUCAAACCACUGUGAUGCCUACGGUUGCAAAAGUCUGUUGGAAGAUUCCUAGAAUCAGGAGGGAAUAAGCAGUACACUUUGAAUCCUUCAACCAGAAUUUCAGAAAAACCUGAGAAUUAUGGGGAAAUUACAGGAAUUUUGCAACCCUACUCAGGCCCCUUUAAGGUAACAUAUGUGGAGGCUCCAUGUCCUACAGAUGUAUCUUUCUGUCUGUGUUUUUUAUAUGAGUCUGGAAAGGAAGAGACUUGGGGUGCGUCCUAAAUGGCACCGUAUUCCUAAUAUAGUGCACUACUUUUGACCAGGACCUAUCAAAAGGAAUGCACUAUAUAGGGAACAGGGUGCCAUUUGGGAUGCAACCACGAGUUCUCAUGACCUUUCACCUCUAUCUGCCGUGUCAGAGUUUAACACACACCAGAGCAGGGAUCAUCCACUAGAUUCAGCCGCAGGCUGAUUUUUUUUCUUGAGCGGAUGGUCAGGGGGCCGGAACAUAAUUACAAAUAAUUUGAAAACCGCAAAUACUGUAGACCGCAAGAAGCCCAAACAGAUAUAAUAUAUCAAACCUUGUUUACAUUUGUAUACAAUCACAUAUAUACAGUAUCUCUAUUAUGCGUGGGAAUACUUUGGAAUGGAUUUCCAAAAUUAAAAUCACUUGGAGCUGAUUUGCUGGUGUUUUUAAUCUUUUAUGUCCAUCAAUAAAAGUAAAAUAUAUUUUUGGUACCCAGAAAACUCCAGUUGGGGAACCCUGCACCAGAGGUUAGGGAGUGCCCAGUUCCCCCAGAACCCACACACACACACACACACACACACACACGUAACUGGUGUGAAAUGGAUAGCUAGUUAGCGGUGUGGCGCUAGUAACAUUUCAAUCAGUGACGUCACUCGCUCUGAAACCUUGAAGUAGUUGUUUCCCUUGCUCUUUGGAGCGAUAGGUAACGAUGCUUCAUGGGUGACUGUUGUCAAUGUAUUCAGAGGGUCCCUGGUUUGAGCCCAGAUUGGGGCAAAGAGCGGGACGGAAGCAAUACUGUUACGUUGAUGCUGUGUACCCGGAUCAUUCAGUUGGGCUCUGCCCAGCAGCUGGGGUUGCUACGGAGAAGGAGGAGGUCAAAGGGGGGUGAGUGUAACCGGUGUGAAAUGGCUAGCUAAUUAGGCGUGCGCACUAGUAGCGUUUCAAUCGGUGAUGUCACUUGCUCAGAGUAAUUGUUUCUCUUGCUCUGUAAUGACUGCGGCUUUAGUGGAGGGAUAGGUAAUGAUGCUUUAUGGGAGGCAAGUUAUUGAUGUGUUCAGAGGGUCGCUGAUUCGAACCCAGGUUGGGGCAAGGAGAGGGACGGAAGCAAGACUGUUACACACAACCAGAAGAGAGACGCAGAAAUGACAACACACUAGGACGCCUGGGGUACAGUGCUCUGAUAAUGAGAAAUUCCUCGGCACCUGGAAUCUUUCUUUGUGAAUCUGGUCGUUGCCCCCAACCUCCUCCGUUAGACACACUUGACUUUCUAAAUAUAAUCCGUUACAGAUACUAACGUAAACUCACUCACUUUUGUACAUCGCCUUGGUUUGUACUAUUGACUUUAUUUUAGCGCCCCAAAAACGUAAUACUUCCAGAUCAACUGUAAUGUCAAUACCAUUGUAAAGCACAAUUUCUCCCCUUUCCAACUAAAUUAAUGACAUGACCUCCACGCUGCCGGUUUCUGCAUAAUUCAAGAAGGAAAAUGAGCUCCGUCGGGUCUUUUUAAAAAUGGCGGGUAGGGAAGCGAAACUAAUGCGUGGUAGUGAGAAGGAGAGGAGAUGUGUGGGAAAAUGGCUUUUUUUCACUUGAUCUGUCCAACUUAUCACCUUACCGCCUCUAAAAUGUAAAUAAAACACUAUAAAGAGUUUAUAUAAUGUGUCAUUACAUACCUAUUUGAAGGUUUGUGUCGAAUUUGAAUCGGGUUUUUAGGGCGGUGCUAAAGUGAUCUUCAGAAGUAAACAGCGGCUUUGAGAGUCAUGAUCGCUUACAGUGAUGAUGUAAAAAAAUGACUAGGUAUCCCCCAUCACUGUCCAUUUCUUGUUUUUAAACGAUGACAGAAGUGUUACACCUGGUGGAGAGAGAUUGUAAGACAGAAAUAGUUGCUUUAUGCGUGCUGUACGUUACGGCAUGACACGCCACGAUGUAACGUAGGUUCCGUUUUUUUCAACUUUUCUCCAAUACCAAAAAUCCAUUACCAUGUCGAUCAACGCUUGAAUAGAAACGUAGUUCACACCCCAGAUUUUGAAGUCAACACAGUCCCAUUAGUUUUCUUUUCAGUCUCAUUUGAAUGUCACGGUUGCGCACAUUUCAACACAAUGGGGUUGAGUUUACGUUAUUUACCUGUCCAAAAUUGGCAUCAGUAACUUCACUUACAUUUUAGUCAUUUAGCAGACGCACUUAUCCAGAGCGACUUAGUUAGUGCAUUCAUCUUAAAGGGAUACUUCAGGAUUUGGGCAAUGAAGCCUGUCACUUUGUUAUAUUUCAGUCUUCUGUGAUAUAUAAAGUGUAAUAUCGGGACGCAAACUCAAAAUGGAAUACAUUUCAACUCUAUAUCUGACAUGGUACAGGUGUUUUAAGCCCAUAACCAUGUGAGUGAGUAGAUUCAAAGUAGAUUUGUUUAAGAUGACCAAGAAACACUGUGUGACCCUGAUUUAGCCCACUGCAGUAAAUUAAGAUAGCUAGGUGAGACAAUAUCUUUGCUGGUAACGUAACUGAUUACAGUCACAUACGCACGCACGCACGCACACACACACUUCAAAACCUUUUAACCCCUUGAGCCCUGACCUUUAACCUAUAAAAUGAAUCAGUCUCAGUAUGUGGCAGUACAAGGAUUCAUCUCACAGUGGUGGCUGACCGAGUAUGGCUAUACUGGGUCCUGCUCAUUAGGGACCAAACGGACUGAAACGGUGCUUUUUAUUUUCAGUUUUCCGGCUGAAUGCCGUCGUAAACAAGACACUGAUGUUUGAGAUGUAGUUUAGAAAUGCUAAUAAAGAAAAAAUGAGAGAGAA